CGCCUUGAUGUUCUCCGCAGCCUUCUACAUCUUCGUUUACCGGAUAUUGUAUUUAUGAUCAGUAGUGUUGCCUACCUAGGGACUAUUUAGCAGUUGUAGUAAGUUUUGUUGAUGGUCAUGGAGGUGUUGCUGGUUUGGAAAUUGGAAUGCUGGUAUGAGUUUUAAUACAAGAACUAUUCCUUUAUAUUUGGCGUUGGCCGCCCGUCCCCGCUCAUUUAUCAAUUCUCAACAUCGACUUUAAAUCUUUUAUUUUUUAAGCUUUUUUAUUUUUGCGGGACGAUCUUUCUACUAAAAACUUCAAGUAGAAGAUGAUCUACUAAAAACUUCUGGUUGUUCUCCUACUAUUUCAUCUUCACUUCCCCUCACUGUUCCACCAUCCUCGUUCACCUCGUCCUGCCCUUCUCUUCUAAUCCCUUUGAAUUCGCACUUUUCUGUCCAGGAAGUAACGGGGGAUGUUUACAUGACGGCCUUGCCUCCGAGUGUAGACAACUGCCAUACGCAAGACGGCUUGCCAGGGUUCGAGUUCGAGGACGAUUAUAG